UCCGGAGGGUCAGCGGGCGGCGCUGCGGGGAGAAGGAGCGCUGGGAGAGUCAAGCCGGCCAGUCCCCGGUCUCCGGCCGCCGAGAUCGCCCUCGCCCUUGGGAAUCCUUGGCUACCAGACGGCAGGAAAGUAGGCGCCCGAGAGCGCGCUCCGCAUUUUGAUUCAUCUCUGGCCCUGUAAGGGUCACAUCUUGUGAAAAUACCUGUAAAAUCAAUUUAACGUUCAGUGCAGCGUGUAAAGACAGCUCUAAGAAUUUAAAAGACGCCUGAGUCAGAACAUUUAAAUGCUUGGGUCCUUGUAGCAGCGUUUUAACACGUCUGAGUGCAAAGGGUGGAGAAUCGAGCCUGAUUGCCCCCACCGUUCACUCCAAGACUUUAAAAGGGCCUCAGCCUCAUGAACACACCUUUGCGUUCUUCUCCUGCCACUGACCUCCCUGUCAGUCUUCCUGUCAUGGUCUUUCCUCCAGAUAAGAAUCACCAGAAAAGCAGAUGGCAUCCGGGGAUUUCUGCUCGCCUGGAGAAGGGAUGGAAAUGCUACAACAAGUGUGCAGCAAACAGCUUCCUCCUUGUAACCUGAGUGAAGAGGACCUGUUACAGAACCCACACUUCAGCCAACUACUGCUGAGUCUCUCACAACACGUGGACGAGAGUGGUUUAAGCCUCACGCUGGCAAAGGAGCAGGCUCAGGCAUGGAAGGAAGUUCGACUGCAUAAGACAACAUGGUUAAGGUCUGAGAUUUUACACAGAGUCAUUCAAGAGCUACUUGUGGACUACUAUGUGAAGACACAAGAUACAGAUUUAAUUUCUGAGGACAGAAAGUUUCAUGAGACCCUUGAACAGCGGCUACUCGUGACCGAGCUGACACGGCUCUUAGGUCCCAGCCAGGAGAGGGAGGUGCCUCCACUUCUAGGGCUGGAGAAGGCGGACCUUCUGGAGCUCAUGCCACCCUCAGAGGAUUUUGUGUGGAUGAGAGCCCGGCUCCCAUUGGAAGUGGAGGAGCAGCUCAAGAAGAAAUGCUUCACUGUGCUCUGCUACCACAAUCCCAGUUCAGAUUUGGACAGUGAAACCCUGAAAGCAGCAAAGGUCUGGAACCUCGCUGAGGUUCUGGCAGGUGAGAAGCAGCAGUGCCAGGCUGCCAAGAGCCAGCAGAAGGAGCAGAUGGUGCUGCUGGAGAAGAAGAGUGCCACCUACUCCCAGGUGCUACUUCGCUGCCUGGCCUUACUGCAGAGGCUUCUUCAGGAGCACCGGCUGAAGACUCAGUCUGAGCUGGACCGCAUCAAUGCUCAGUACCUGGAGAUCAAGUGCAGCGCAAUGAUCCUUAAGCUACGGAUGGAAGAGCUAAAGAUUUUGUCUGACACUUACACGGCUGAGAAAGUGGAAGUUCAUCGUCUCAUUAGGGACCGUUUGGAGGGGGCCAUUCGCCUACAAGAGCAGGACAUGGAGAAGUCCCGACAGGUCCUGAACACCUAUGAGGUCCUCGGGGAGGAGUUUGACAAGCUGGUGAAAGAGUACACCCAACUCAAGCAGGCGACUGAGAACAAGCGCUGGACCCUCCAGGAGUUCAACAAGGCCUGCCGCUGAGGGUGGGUGGGGCCAGGAGGCGUGGCUUCUGCAGAGGAACCAUCUCCUUGUCUUCCUGCUGAAAGGACCACCUCCACCAGAGGCCACCUUCGCUCAAGGGCGUGUGGGGACACUUGUCCAAAACACUACAGUCCUUUAGGCACUCUUCUGGUUUUUCUUCCUUGUUUACAAUGACUGAGUCUCUUCUAGAAAAUGUAACAGGUUUGUAUCAUUUUACGUUCAGUGAUUUGUGUUAGCCCUGUAUCCUAUUUGAUUAUCUCCUAAAUAAAGUGAUGG